AUGGCUCGCAUCUACGUGGGGAACCUCGACUCACGGGUGACCGAAAGGGAGCUCGAGGACGAGUUCCGCGUAUUUGGCGUUUUGAGAAGGUACGGUGGGAGUGUUUUUUAGGAUAAUUUACUUUAAGAUAUAUCUGAGAGUCGGAUUGGGGUUGUUGACAUCAUCUAUCAUUACUGUAAUUCAUUUCCGUAUUGACCUUCAAAUCAGUGUAAAGCAACGGGAACUAUAUGGGUUACCCGACAUUCUCCUGAUAUCUCAUCUUUGUGUAAACUCAUUUGGCACAUAUCUGUUCUCUAUUAACGGUGGAUGAUUUGUUUCAAUGGAAGAACGUUGGAUUAAUCAGGAUAUGUGGCAGUUGCGACCAAUGUCGUUGCAGUAGACCUGUGUACCCUUAGUUCAGAGAUUCGAACAUAUACUAUUGGUAUUUUUAAAUGUCUUUGAAAUUUAAACCCGUCAAUCUGCCUUCAUCAACACCUUGGUAUUUUUAUUUUUUAUACUAUGUAUACAUGUUGAGAGCUAUCAGCUCUGUUUUUCUUGUAGUUAUGCCACGUAGAAUAACGGCCACAGUAGCGAAAUAUAGCUAUUUUUCUCUUAGUUUGCUGAAGUUUUCCUGAGGAUUGAAUUACUAUAUGAUCCACAGAAAAAUAUUUACCAUGAGUGUUACUUGAUGGAAAUGACAAUUUAAAGCUCUCUUCUCUGUUCCUUAACGUGUGGCUAAAUAUUUGUUUUUACUAUGUUAUUUGUUCUGUUAAGUGGUAUGUUAUCUCAACAGGAUACCAUUAGAUCUUAAGUCAUAAUCUAAACGAGGGCCAUACUGUUCUCCGUCUGGGUUCAUAUCAUUGUUUGAAGGUGGUGAAGGGGUUGCACAUUAUUCACUCCUUACUUUUCGCCUUAUACUUAAUAUGGAGAUCCACUCGUGAAGAACCAUGCUUCGAAUAUCACAAUUAUUCUUUUUUUUUUGAAUUUUGAGUGCAAGGUCUAGCAAGGGCACAAGUAAAAUUCAGUGCCAAGUAUAUUAUGCAUUUCAGUAUCCAGAUUAUUACAGCCUUGAUAUAAGAAAAUUGAGAACCUGUGCUCGAUUCGCUACACAUCUUUGUAUAUCUAUGAGUGAAGUAUCAUACUAGUGUAACCUUGUUACCUCUUUUUCACAAAAUUAGAAACAGGAAUUUCCAGGAUAUCUGGUGCUAGUUGUAUUGUGUCUUCAUAUGAGACUAGAAAAAUAUCCUACAUUGGUGGUACACUAACGCUUAUGUCAUAGCAGCAUGGAUUCAGGCUGGACAUCUAACGUUCUUUUUUGCUCUUUGGAAUGGGUUCAGACAUUUGACUUUCCUUUCUCUCUUCCUUUGAACUGUGGUAUCUGAGAUGGAUUCAUUGUACAACUUCUUGGUGAUCUUUUUUUUUUCCUGUUCGUGUUAUUUUACUUACAGAAGGCUCAUUUCCUCAUAUUUUAUAUGAUUAGAAUAACCCGUUUAAUUGAUAGUUAAUUGUUUUGAAUAUUUGUGUGCAGUGUAUGGGUUGCCCGUAAACCACCCGGUUAUGCUUUUAUUGACUUUGACGACCGACGAGAUGCUCUUGAUGCUAUCCGUGAGCUGGAUGGUCCGUGAAUAAGUAUAUAGGCUUUUUUGUAAUAUGUAUGCAAUCUUUUUUUCCCAUGAAAUUGAGUGUCCUUUACAGUUACUAGUCUGAAUAUAUCUAUUUACAUGCUUAUACGUAAAUCAACUCGUGUCUUUUAUCUUAUUUUUUAGCAUAGUUUGAUGCUUAUGUAUAAAUGCUUACAAUUACUAGUCUUGGGUAAAAACUGUUUCCAGUAUCCUUUGGUGCAACAGCAUGGUUUUCAAUGAUUGGAUUUAUGUUUUCUUGAUCUUUUUAAAUAGGUAAAAAUGGAUGGAGGGUAGAGAUGUCACACGGAGGACGUGGCCAUACCCGUGAUCGACCUGGAGGUUCUGAUAUGAAGUGUUACGAGUGUGGUGAGCCAGGACAUUUUGCCCGUGAAUGUCGCCUUCGUAUUGGUUCCAGAGGAUUGGGAAGUGGAAGGCGCCGUACUCCAAGUCCCCGGUACCGCAGGAGCCCCAGCUAUGGUCGAAGGUAAUGCUAGAAAAUCAUAUUUCUGAGAGGAUAAAAUUUAAAGGGUUUUGCUUUCUUUUCUCUGUCAUGAAGUGGCAAAGUUCUGGAAACCAUGACUGAAUGAGUCCAGAGUUUCCAAUAGUAUUUGGAUCAUCUAUAGAGAAUAUGAAGCUAUUGCAGCUGAACUGGUCAUGGGAUAUUUGUUAUAAGUCAAUAAGAAGCAUGACUUUUGAUUCUCCCUGCAUAGUAGAAAGGCCCUGAAUAGACUAAAAAGCAUGGCGGAUGAAAGGAAAUAUAAUCCAUUAAAGGAUGCUUGACUUCAUGGCCCAAGGAACCAUCAAAGAGCACAAGUACACAGGGAAGUGCCCCAUGUAUCCCAUGUUCAAAUUCUGUGCCAAUUUGAUCUGACUGCUGUUGUUUUCCCCUAUCCAGGAGCUACAGCCCCCGUAACCGCUCACCUCGCCGCCACAGCAUCUCACCUCGUCGCCGCAGCAUCUCUCCUCGGCGACGCAGUGUCUCCCCUCGCCGCCGCAGUGUCUCCCCUCGCCGCCGCAGCAUCUCCCCUCGCCGCCGCAGCAUCUCUCCUCGCCGUCGCAGCAUCUCGCCUCGCCGACACAGUGUCUCCCCUCGCCACCGCAGCAUCUCCCCUCACCGCCACAGCAUCUCCCCUCGUCACCAUAGCAUCUCCCCUCACCACCGUAGCAUCUCCCCUCAUCGCCGCGGCAUCUCCCCUCACCACCGCAGCAUCUCCCCUCAUCGCCGCAGCAUCUCCCCUCACCACCGCAGCAUCUCACCAGGCCAUCGCAGUAUCUCCCCUCGACAUAACAGCAUCUCCCCUUCCCCCAGCAGAACAUCCCCUCGUGGCCACAGUGUCUCACCUCCUCACCGUAAUGUCUCCCCCCCCCGUCACAGCGCCUCUCCGCACAACCAGAGCAUCUCCCCAAGCCGCCGCAGCUACAGCAGGUCAAGGUCUCCAUCAUACAAGCAUGCCAACGACGAAUCCCCAUAUGCCAACGGGUAAGCUUUCAUUGCCUAAAUUUCUUUGUUGCUUUGCAUUCUAGUUGGGGGGUGGGGGCUCACAGUGUCUGCCACGCCGUGCAGCAACUCUGAUGGUCGGGCUGAGCGCCGCAGCAGGAGCUGA